UAAGGAUUUAACUGAGGCUGAAAAUGAGAGAUGUAAAGUCUGCUGAGCUCAUCUUCAUCUCUUUCACGCUGCUUCACGGAUUUGUAGCAACAUUGAACUGCACAAGUCCAACUCCUGAGGCCUUGUUUGAUGCAUUUGAGAGAGAAUUAUUCCCUAAAGUGCUACUGCCGCCUGUAAAAAGCUUUUCAAAGUCAGUUAACAUAACCAUCGGUAUCACUGUGGUGGGAGUUGUAGGAGUGGAUGAAAAAUCUCAAAUCCUGACAACACUUAUAUGGCAAGUUCUGGAGUGGGAUAUAGAGGGACUGAGGUGGGCUGAGGAGGAAUGUGGAACUUCGAGAGUCUCUGUCCCUCGAGAAAAGCUUUGGGUCCCAGACGUCCACAUUGCAGAGUUCAUGGAGGAGGACAAAUCUCCCAAAACUCCUUAUGUCUACUUAUUAAACACAGGUCGUGUAUUUGAUGAUAAGCCAAUCAGAGUGAUCAGCUCCUGCCGAUUAGUAAUCUACACUUUCCCAUUUGAUAUCCAAAACUGCACUCUGACCUUCGGAUCAUAUCUACACUUUGCUUCGGACGUGAGGAUGAUUCAAGGCACCACAGCUGAAGAGAUCCUGGAGGAGUCCCUCGAUGUGAUGGAGACCAAUGGCGAGUGGGAGCUUGCAGGAAUCGGUAUAGCUCCCCAUGCCCUGGCCUUAGAGGAUGGAAGCUACUCUGAGAUCAAAUACCAUAUUAUUCUGAAACGCAGACCACUCCUCUAUGUGGUGAACCUCCUGAUCCCCAGCUGCUUCCUCAUCACAGUGGACCUCUUCAGCUUCCUGUUACCUCCCCAGAGCGUGGACCGGUCCUCCUUCAAGAUGACCCUCAUCCUGGGCUACACUGUCUUCCUGCUCAUCAUGAACGACCUGCUGCCUGUCACUGGAGAUACAACACCUCUCAUAAACGUUUUCUUCUCAGUCAGUCUGGCUCUGAUGGUGGCCAGCCUGUUGGAGACGGUGUUCAUCACCAACAUCCAGUUCAGCUCCAGCCAGUACAGCGCAGUGCCUAAGUGGCUCAGUGUCCUCGUGUUACGAUAUCUUGCUCUUGUAGUUUGUCUCCCUCCAAAGAAAAAGAGCAACCGGGUCACUGUCUUCCUCAACCCAUCUCAUGGAGAACCAGCAAUGAGAUCCAGCAUCGGGGAAAUCUCAGCCAUUUAUCCUAAAAGCGCUUUUAGUGACAAACCUCCAGAGAAACUCCCUGCGGCCCCUCAGUCCCCUCCUGAUCCGGUCCUGGAUGAACUGAGGAAACUGAGCAAAGAUCUCCUGUCCAUCCGCCUCCAGAUGGACAAACACUUGAAGGGGAGCAGUACCUCGGAGGAAUGGCAAAUGAUCGGGAUAGUCAUCGACCGCCUGCUGUUCGGCUUGUACAUUAUCUUCAUAGUGGUCAGCUUCAUCACCAUCAUAGCUAUCUGGAUCUGGAACAACUCGUACAAAGCAUGAUUCAACUACAGGGUUGGGAUCAUACAUAUAUCACAGACAGGAAAUGGUCACACAUAUCAGCAGUUUGUACGAUGUA